AUGUCUUCGUCUUCCUCCCGAUUCGAUCCCUCCAAACAAUACUACGCCACCAGCAGCCUCGUCGUGGGCUACGCUCUCUGCUCGAGCCUCCUCGCCGUCAUCAACAAGUUCGCCAUCACCUGGUUCAACUUUCCCGGCCUCCUCAAUGCCCUUCAGUACCUCACUUCCGCUCUCGGCGUCUGGGUCCUCGGCAAAUUAGGGUUUCUCCACCACGACGCCUUCAAUGUCGAUACUGCCAAGAAAUUCCUCCCCGCAGCCGCUGUAUUCUACCUCGCCAUCUUCACCAACACAAACCUUCUCCGUCACGCCAAUGUCGAUACUUUCAUCGUCUUCCGGUCUCUCACUCCACUCCUCGUCGCCAUCGCCGACAUGUUCUUCCGCCGGCAGCCUUGCCCUUCUCGGCUCACGUUCCUAUCGCUGUUGAUCAUCCUCGGUGGUGCUGUUGGGUACGUUGCCACUGAUUCUGCCUUUUCUUUGACGGCCUAUUCAUGGGCUUUCGCUUACUUGGUGACUAUCACCACCGAGAUGGUUUACAUCAAGCAUAUGGUGACGAAUCUAGGAUUGAACACUUGGGGAUUUGUGUUUUACAAUAAUCUAUUGUCUCUGAUGAUGGCUCCAGUGUUCUGGAUUCUUACCGGAGAGUAUGCCGAGGUUUACAUGGCGUUGAACGAGAACUGGGGGCAUUGGUUUGAGCCAGUGGCGUUUUACACAGUGGCAUUGUCUUGUGUGUUUGGUUUGCUCAUUAGCUUCUUCGGGUUUGCGGCUAGGAAAGCUAUCUCUGCCACUGCGUUUACUGUGACUGGUGUGGUGAACAAGUUUCUGACCGUUAUGAUCAAUGUCUUGAUUUGGGACAAACACGCAAGCCCGUUUGGCUUGGUCUGUCUUCUGCUCACUAUCUGCGGAGGGGUUCUUUAUCAGCAAUCCGUGACUAUUAAACCGAGCAAUACUUCGUCUCAACGUGAUUAUGUUGAGUCCAAGCUUUUGGACAUCGAGAAUGGUGAUGAUGAGUUCUCCGAGGAUAAUCCGGGUAAAAUUGUAUCGAAUAAGCUAGCUUCUGUAUGA